AUGGCUCGAUUGAAUCUUGCCGCAAAGGCUUCCCAAGCGAAAAUUAUAUUCCCUCGCCUGGUAGCAAAGGACCAGUCUCACCAUUCCUACAUCAGUUUUCUCAAAAGUACCUUCGAAGCUGGGCAACAGAAUAAGAUCGCCAUUGGGUUGGCGGAGAAACAAAAGGUGGACGACGAAUUCAGGUCUCAGUUAGUUCAGCUCUACGGCCACGAUGAUAAGUUCUGCAAGACACAACUUCAAGAGCUCAACUCUCCAGCGUCGAUGGCACUGUGGAAAGGAUUCAAAGCCCGCUCGGGACCGCUCGUGAAGACCGCUAGCUCCAUGUUACUCUCGAGCGAAACCGACGAAUUGACACUGCCAGCAGUGGGGAGGUCUGUGAAGGGUGAAAACGACAAGGGCGAUAGCUGGAACUUCCAAACCUACGAGGAAUUCGCGAAAAAGACCGAGAAGAUGAACAGGAAUACGGUGUUUACAAAGAAGCUCAUGGACGACUCUUUCCAGAAAGCGAUCUCUCUAGUGGUAUCCAAGACGCGAACAAGGGGUGGGCGGACGGCUCAGAAUAUCGGUGCCGUUAAUAAGAUGCUGAAUAGAUGUCUUGGAUCUGAGUCGGACAAGUAUUGGGAAGGGAGAUGA